CAGCCAUUAACCGAUCUCCUUCGAGGGAACAACAAGGCUAUCGAACUCGACACGUCUGCUCGACAUGCUUUUACUCAGGUAAAGAAAGCUAUUGCAGAUGCCACCCUUCUUAUGUAUCAAGAUCCAACGGCACCGUUGAGUAUCUCGGUUGAUGCAUCAGACACUGCAAUCGGCGCAGUUCUGCAACAACUAGUUAACAACGAAUGGCAACCACUCGCCUUUUUCUCGAGGCGCCUUCAAGUAGCUGAAACGAAGUACAGCACAUUCGGAAGGGAACUUCUAGCUAUGUACUGUGCUAUACGUCAUUUUCGACAUUCAGUUGAGGGUCGUGAAUUCACCAUUUUCACUGACCACAAACCUCUGACGUACUCUCUGAACUCAACUUCAGAUAAGUAUUCACCCAGGGAAUCGCGACAACUAGAUUAUGUUUCACAGUUUUCAUCAGAUAUUCGCCAUGUUUCCGGAGUGAACAACACUGUGGCAGAUGCCUUGUCACGUAUUUGUUCUUUCACCCAAAUCGAUGGCAUAGACCUUGUAAAACUGGCUCGUCUUCAAAAAGAAGAUAUUGAGCUUCAGCGUGCAACGGGCACUGGACAGGAAACAAACGAAGCACGGGAUCCAACGAACAACAUUGAGGAAGCUAUGUACAGACACCCUAUUAGCAUAGGCAGACAGACCAGCAGGCUCUCGAUCAAGCCGCUCGGAAGAUUUUUUUCACCCAUCAGGGAACCAUCGAGAUUUUUUUACUUCCGGCUGGUCAUGUCUUAGGGUCCUCACAAACCCACUAGGGGGGGAGUGAGCUGUAGCGGUAAAUAAUUCCCCAAAAUUAUUAACCACAGCAAUCAUCACUCAACAUUGGAUGCUGACCACCACUGUUUAAGUCGACUUGUUUAGCUGAAGGCUUACGGUCAAGCAUCCCCGCCAUUUGGUGCUCCGUCGUGUCACGUGCGUGCACGAUUACUAGCUAGCUAAGCAUUCAUUCCUACCCGCGAUUUGGUCCCAAAAUAUAUAUCGUAUUUGGACGACAAAAUCUGGUCUUUUGCUUUACCAUUUGGUACUCGAAGAACGAACACUAUAGUGGUUGUUGGUAUAAGAUCUUGCGUUAGUAUAAUCCGUACAACUCGCGAACGUUCGAUACCUUCGUCCACCUAAACUGGUGAGCCCAACCACGAA